CACAAGCAGCAUAUCACUGCGGAACAGAUAUUGUCAGACGCGUUAUUUGGAGUGGGAGUGAAGGCUAUGGACGAUUUAUCGACUGAUCCCCUCACGCACUGGAUGGUCUACUUUUUUCUGAUCCACGAGCUUUUAAUAAAGUCUACCUGAAAAUGAGACGCAUAGAAAACAAUCGUAAGCGAAUUUUACAGCGUCAGACGCGUCUGCAGCGGGGGAGAGCAGUGGAGGGACACGGAAACUUGUGUGGUGCAGGAGACGGUCUCUGAAUCUGCGCUGCCACAGUUGUCACAGACAGAGAAGAGCCAUGGUUACUUCACUCCUACUGAUGCUCAGCUGGACUGUGAUCUCUGAGGUUGUGAGAGCUCAGAAUGACACGGAACCGAUCGUCCUGGAGGGCAAAUGUCUCGUGGUCUGCGACUCUAAUCCGGCAACGGACUGGAAGGCUUCAUCCUCUCCGCUCGGCAUCUCGGUGCGCGCCGCCAACUCCAAGGUGGCUUUCUCUGCAGUCCGGAGCAACAACCACGAACCGUCGGAAAUGAGCAACAAAACAAGAAUAAUCUACUUCGAUCAGGUUCUUGUGAAUAUAGGAAACUACUUCACAUUUGAAUCAGUAUUUCUGUCCCCGAGGAAAGGAGUCUACAGUUUUAACUUCCACGUGAUUAAAGUGUACCAGAGCCAAACCAUACAGGUGAACUUGAUGUUGAAUGGGAAACCAGUCAUCUCUGCCUUUGCGGGUGACAAAGAUGUAACUCGCGAGGCAGCCACUAAUGGAGUUCUGCUCUAUCUUGAAAAAGAGGACAAAGUCUACCUAAAGCUGGAGAAAGGAAACCUAGUUGGUGGAUGGCAAUACUCAACAUUUUCUGGCUUUCUUGUGUUUCCUCUGUAAAAAAGAAAAAAACAAAAGAAAAAAGAAAAAAAAAGAAAAGAAGAUUGUAAGCUUACUGACUUCUUCAUAAUGUGUUGUCACAGUAUAAUCAAAACAUUGCUGCUGCAUCAGUUGGAUCUUGCCAAAAUGUUGAAAAAUGAUAGAUGGAAAUGGAUCCCAACAUAGAGAGGAAAAUAAGACUUUGGAAAUGGUUCACGUUCGCUGGAAGUGCUGUGUCCCCGUCCAGAUGAAAGAGAGACUUGAAAUGUUCCCUAUCGCUACUGUAUGUUCCUGUCACUCAAGCAGCCUCAGAGAGGAACACUAAAACAUCUCAAAAGUACUUUUCAGACUUUCACUUGUCGGAAUAUGUUUAGCAUACUGAUGUUUUUUCCCAUGACAGCGGUUGCAUUCAAAGACAUCUGCCUUUUGAGAGUAAACCGUAUGCCUGUUACCUGUGUAGCUUGUCAUCAACCAAGUAUUUGUAUUGCUAAGUAAUGGGGAAUGUCUUUUCUGGACCAAAUUGUUCCAGGAUACGUGAGGGAUAGCAGUAAUGUAGGUCACCGAUUGCCUAAAACAAUGCUAUUGGAAAUUCCUUAAUCAAACAAAGUAAUUUAAAAUUGAUUUAAAAAUUGCUGAAGUGGCCACAAGCCACAUCACCUCGCAG